AUGUGGGCAGCAACCAAAUCUGCAGUCAUUAAUCUCAUGGGCACCCUUCCCUCCCCCAAACUCCUCCUCUCUCUCCACCUGAUCUCACUACUCUGCCUUCCCCUUCUGCCGCACGGCCAAGUCUACUGCUACAUCGGCGGUAACUACACGACCGGCAGCCCCUACGAGUCCAACCUCCACCACCUUCUGGCUUCUCUCGCCUCCGCAGCCCCUGCCUCCGACGGCUUCUCCGCCACCACGGCAGGCGAGUCUUCCGACCGAGUGUUCGGCGCCGCCCUCUGCCGCGGCGACGUCAACGCCACCGACUGCCGUGGCUGCCUCGGUGCAGCUUCCGCCAACAUCCUGCAGGGCUGCCCGCACAACCGAAGGGCCGAAGCCAUCCUCGACCACUGCCUGCUCAAGUACUCCGACCAGAACUUCACCUCCUUCCCCAAGAACUCGCAACAGGUCUUUGGGGUCUACUGGCGGAACAUCAGCAUGGCGACAUUCCCGGAAUACGUCGAGGAUGCCGCCGGCUACAACUUCGUCAACCAGGCGAUUGACACGCUGCUGAGCGGCGUCGCCAAUGCGGCCGCGCCGAGCUCGAACUCCGUCAAAAUGUUCGCGACCGGCGAGCUGAGCCCCGGGAAGGGUUUUCCGACCACAUACGGGCUGGCGCAGUGCUUCCCGUCCAUCACGGACUCGGAGUGCCGCUGGUGCCUCCAGGGACUCGUCAACGAGACGCUGAAGUUGUUCGACGGGCGGCAAGGCGGCCAAAUUCUCGGCGGCAGCUGGUGCUACUUGAGAUACGAAGUGUAUUUGUUCUACUACGGGAAGCCGACGGUAAGCCUUAUUUCUGCUGCACCGGUGAACCUGCCCAGCUCGCCGCCGCCUCCUCCCGGCCCUCUGCAAAUUCCAACUAAAAGUGAGGAUCCGCACUCUUGA